AUGCCGGUGAGUCGGAACGAGUUGGUCAAGAAACUCUUGACUCACGAGGACCAGCCGGACCAGUUGGACGACGAACUGGUACCGGCAAGGAAGAAGGUGUGGGAUGACCUUGCCACCUUUGUUGAGGUAAGUGUCUUUACCUUGUUUUGAAUGGAUCUGGGUCUGCUCAGCGGGUUUCUGAAUGCCAUAAUAAUGGUUUUUAAAAAUAUUACAUUAAAAAAUCGAAAAAAUAUGCAAAUUUAGCAAAAAUUUUAGGUUUAAAGGUAUGACAUCAAAUAGUAACAUGGUUAGAACAAGAAAAUAAACUGAAAAUAAUCAAUUAUUAUCGUAUUUUAAGGUACAAAGUACAAAAUUAAAGACAUUAAACAUAAUAUUGCAAUAUAUUAUAUUGUACAUGUCUUACAUUUCAGGAAAACCUUAAUGAAGUUCACGCCAAAAUGGACAAAGUUGAAGCCGAGAUCUGGGGGAAAUUAAUUGUGAUGGAGAAGAAUGUCAGGGUGGCCAAAGCUUACCUCAGGGCUUCUACUAUCACUGUAGAUGGCACUAAAAACUACUUUGAUGGGUCAAGGUAUGUUUUGAGCGAAUAAAAUUAAAAUUUUAAAACUUUUUGUCUUGACACAGAAUGCCAAAGAAACGGAAUAGGAUUUGUGGUCCUUUAAUUUUAAAAUUAUAAUAGCUUUGUAAAGGAGAUUAAAACGUUUUUAUAAGUUGUCAUUUCAGGAUAGGACUGUCAUACUUUCCAAACAGUCGCCGAGAAGGGAAUACAGAGCAAGAACUGAAAGCUUUGAGUAAAGUAGGUUUAUAUUAUUGUAGUUCGUAGCUAUAUUCAUAAAAUUUUGUAUCAGACUUUUUAAAAACUGUAGUGUAAAUUGAUUUAUAUGUAAAUCAAUGAUUUGUAAAUCAGAACUUAAGCAUCAACUUCAGGGUGUGACGAUUCAAUUGGACAGAAUGGGUAAUGUUUGGAUGAAAAGUCAGACCUUGAAGCCUGUUUGUGUUCAAUGUGCCCAAUACCCUGAGCCUAUUUAUUUGAGCGACAAUUUUAAAAAGGUAAGAUUAUAAGAGGGUAAAAUACGUAUUUUAAAUCUUUGUUUAUAAAGUCUUAUGAUGAGAUCAGAACUCUCCAAACUAAUAAUAGAUUUACCGAAAAUGUGUUGUUUUCACGUUUGCCAUGACUAAUGUUGUGUUUCAGAUAAUGGACAUGAGGUUUUUUCGAGAUUCAAUCCUACACAAACUCGAGCUCAGUCCGUCGCUGGAUGCCCACAAACUCUUCAAAAAAGUCAUCAUUUUUGUCAAAGUAAGUUUAGAAUUAAAUUUUUGAUUAUAAGAAUUCAUUUUUUUAUUUAUUUCACCCAAAAACAUCUUUUUUAAUUACUUUAAAAAUUUUAGUUAAGCGACGCCUCCCCCGACAUGAAUCCCCUGAACUGUUCUUUAUGGUUCGCCUUGAUACAUCUUGUUAGUGUUGACCUUAUCCAUCUUAUAUUGUCCUCCCCUUCGACUGGUACACCUUCCGAAUUGUCACCUCAGUCAUCGUCAAGUUCAGCAUGCUCAGACGUGGAUAAGAAGUUCAUACGAGAUCGAGAGUCUAACGAGGAUUCUUCUGCCAGUACGUCGUCGUACAAUCCUGAUUCCUACAGGAAUAAUGGCAGUCGGUGAGGAGGUUUUUAAAUUUUGAUAAUACUAGGGAAUUCAAGUAGCUCUGUGUCUUCUUUCAAGCAACUUUUUGGGUUAUGGGGCACGGAAUUAUUUGGACAUCCUGAUAUUAUUGUGACGGUCAGGUGAAGUUUUAAAGUUUUCAAUUUGAAUCUAAAACAUAUUAUGACUAUAGGACGAGUACUGGAGUAGCGAGGAAGAUAUUCAAUCAACAACAUACGAGAAGAUACAACACGAAUCGAUCUACGUCACAACGAAGAUCAGCCAGUAGAGAGAGGACGAUACAACGAAUACCAAACGAGUAUUCGGUACCAUAUUCAAGUGCGACCACGGAUUCCGCGCGAUCAGACAAAAGCAAAGUAAUAUUUUUAUUUUUUAUCGUUUUUUUGAAGAUUUGGUAUGUUGUUGUAGUCAAAACUGGGAGCUUUGAAGGUUUUCAGUCGUAUUUGUCAUUUUUAUAAGCUUUUAAUCACAUAUGUCAUCAACGACAAUAUAUUUCCUGUCACUUUCAUAAACAUGCCAUCUAUGACAAUAUAUUUCUAUAUCCGAACAUCUUGAACGUUCCCACGAUCAGAUUAAACUCUCCUUUGUCGCUUCAAAUUACAAAAACAUUCCAUUGAACUCUUUAUAUUCACCAUGCUCUCUUUUUGCAGAAGACCGGAAGCCAGUCGAAACUGUCGUCGAGUGGUUGGAGUCUUCUGAAUCUGACGGACAUUGACAAGAUGCAGAAACCCUUUUACUUUGCGUCGGCUGAGGAAGCGGAGCGCGGGCGACGGACGCGACGCGGCGGCGCUGGUCAUCGCUUCAGCAGUCAACACAACAAGAAGCGCGACAACGACGAGGAGGACAGUCCGUAUCUGGUUCCCAACAACAGUCGGACGCUGAAUCGGUCGAGUGGACGGUAG